CUCACAUAUGACACUACAGAUCGAUAUUUGUUCAAAGUACAUGAUUUAUCGCCGAUUCUCCGUAGUUUGCAGCUGUUGACGCGUAAAGUGGGCUCGAACGAGUUGAUUAUAUUUCCUUAUAUAGCGCUUCUUGCCGUAACGUACCGGCGAACGCGCGUGGAAUAAGAAAUACGCAGACAAAUUGGACCCCAGAGCCAACAUGUGACUCCGCGAAUAUUCAGUAGUCCGCGGCGCGGCGCCUUUACGUGGUUCAGAGUGGUCCCGCCCGGCAACAUGGCCGCAGAGACAUCCCCGUAACCAGUCCACGUCCGUGCGUUCGUCUGUCCCUCCUACAGACUCUCUUCUCCCGCGGUCACACCGAGAUGAUUUGGACUUCUAGGCCGGGCUGAAGCAAUGUUGCACCGAUGACGAUCGGCCCAGCCCCGGAGACCUACUCUAUGGGCGCCGGAUGCUCUCGUAGUGCCAGUCUUUCUCUCACCGACGGACGGUCCAGGUACAGCGUACCGACGGAGGCAGUGCAGAUGAACCGGAAGGAUGCGGAAAGCCUUGUGGAGGAUGCAGAGACAGGCGAUUUCCUCUUGUACGAGGAUAUAGACACGAGGAGAAUGUGGCUUGCUGUCAGGACAGAGGAAGGUGCGCGUCACCACAGAAUAUUUGAAAGAAACGGAAUCUACUCCAUCAACAGACAACCGUUCGGCUAUGUCGACUCCAUCGUCAUAUACUUCAGAAAAUAUCCGCUUAUGGACGUCAUCCUCAAAAACCAGGUAGAGAUACCUCCAACAAAAAGGAACAGAAAGAGCCGAGAACUUUCAAUGAGAAUAGAGACAGACCACGGCACUGAGGGAGCCAACGGAAACGGAAAUUGCAUCAUCUUGAACUCGCCCAAACCUCCGAGACACGAGAACCAUCAAAGUGGGAACGCCAUCGAAAACCUUGUUUGACGACCUGUCAACAACAAUGACAACAACGUCAACAACAGUGAGGAGAGAAGGGAAACAACAAAAAUGCAACGACGUCAACAAGAUCAACAAGGGAAUGGAAACAACAACAGAAACGAGAACCAUCUUAGUGGAAACGCGAUAGAAAACCUUGUUUGACGAUCCCGUCGACAACAACAAUGACAACAAC